AUGAUGGUGACGGCACCACCAGAUGUUUGGGUAGCAAUGGAGGCACGUAAGAAUAAGGACGCUCUGUUUUGGCGAGACAAGUCAUUUCCGUACUAUGAUGAUCUGUUUGCUUUAUAUGAUGGGCGUUAUGCCAAAGGAAGAAGUUUUCGUGGUAUGGAUCAUUAUGCCAAUAAGGCAAUAUCGCCUUCACAAGUUUCUCCUGAUGUGCACAUGCAGUCACCUUUAGCUAUUAUACCUGCUCCUGGUUCUUUCAGUUUUGAUAUUGAAGAGGACAGGGAUGAUACUAAUUGGUUUGGUAAUGAUGCAUUUACUCCAUUGGGAACUUUCCUGCCUCAAGAAACACCAGAUGGACCAUCUUCCAUAAAUAUAGCACCACAUGUUCCUGAACAAUUUGAAGAAACUCUUCGUCACAGUGCCUGGCCAUCUAGUUCAACUCCGGAGGCAGUUGAUGGUAAGCGUGAUAAAAGGCAAAAGAUCAAGCACACUAUUACAACUGAACAUUUUAAUGAGAAGUACUUGAAGCUGAAAAAAGAAGAGAUUGAACGAUUCGCUGCCAUAGAGGAGAAGAAGCUAGAUGAUCCUUUCAGUAUCAAGAAAUGCAUCACUGUACUUGAGGGGCUUAGUGAGCUACAAACUGGAGAUAUGCUAAAAGCAGACAUCUUCAAAGACAAUCCGUCAAACAGGGAAGUUUUUCUCUCAUUUGGUUGUGAUGCAUUACGAGUAGAAUGGUUGCUUAGACAAAUUUAG